AUGAAGUCUCUUGCAGCCUUCAGUUCCCUGGCCACCCUUACCUUGGCAGCAUCCCAAUUUGACACUUCCUCCUAUAACCCAAGCGAUAUCAUCACUCGCGAUGUGGCCGUCAUUGGAGGUGGUUCAUCAGGCACAUUCGGUGCGUUCAAACUGAAGGAUAGGGGCAAAUCAGUCGUUGUCAUCGAGAGUCAAGGACAGCUGGGAGGCCAUAUUGAGACCUAUACCGAUCCUGCGACUGGCGCAACGCUGGACUAUGGCGUCCACGAGUUCUGGAACAUUUCGCUUGUCACCGACUUUUUCGCCCGAUUCAAUGUGCCCAUUGAGGACUUUGUCUUCCCUUCCGAACCUGCCAUCUACGCCGAUUUCAAGACCGGUCAGGUGCUCUCCAACUUCACUGUGGGAUCCAAUUUCACUGCGUAUAUUGAGCAGUUGGACAGAUACCCGGAUCUGGCUUACGGAUGGGAUCUGACAUAUCCAGUCGCUGACGAUCUCCUUCUGCCGUUUGGAGACUUCAUCACGAAAUACGGUCUUGAGGCCGAAGCAUACAACAUGUUCACCCUCCUCCCUGGCGUUGGCAACAUCCUGGAGCAGUCGACCGUGAAUAUCUUCAAGGGCAUCACCAAGAUCCUAUUCGACUCGGAGGCUGGAUCUUCAAUUGCUGUGACCAACACCAACAAUCAACUCUUGUACGAGAAAGCGCAGGCGGCGCUGGGUACUGAUGCUUUGCUCAACUCGACCGUCAUCAACGCUCAACGGCCGACGGACAAUUCCAACUGCACACUGGUCGUCAUGACGCCCACCGGCAACAAGUUGAUUGUGGCCAAGCAUAUCUUGGUUACUAUUCCUCUUCUGCUUGACAAUAUGCAGUCAUUUGGGCUGGACUCGGAUGAAUCCAGUCUCUUCCAGCAGUUCAACUACACGGCAUGGUACCCGGGCCUCAUUCGCAACACCGGGUUGUCCUUUAGCAACAGAUACCUCAAUGUCGGGGCCAACACUCUCUACAACAUUCCCGAACUUCCUGGAAUCUAUACCCUCAUUCCCACCAAGGAGGACGGAGUCUUCCUGUACUGGUACGGAGCACAGAAUGCGCUGACAGAAUCAGAGGUCAAGGACAGCAUCACGUCCAGCAUCAAAGCAUUGGGGGGUGUGGCCCCUGAAUUUAUGGUGUUUGGCAAUCACACUCCCUACGAACUGGUUGUGCCUGUGGAUGCGAUCAAGAAUGGAUUCUACAAGGACUUGAAUGCUCUCCAGGGAUACCGUAACACCUGGUAUACUGGAGGGCUCUUUGUUGGUGCUUCUGGGCCGCUUUGGAACUUUACUAACACACUGGUUGGCCAGAUGACUGCUUGA